CGCCGUCCUCGAGCCGGAGCACGCAGUAUCGCGCAGACAUGGCCAGCUCAACCGUCUCCCUACUGGUCGCAGCUGUGCUGUUGGUGGCGGUGGCGGAGGUGUGCCUCGCGCAGCUGUGCUCGCACUGCGAGUGCCUGCCGGAGCCGUCCAGCCGGCAGCUGUGCGCCCGCCAGGAGAGGACCGGCAAGUUCCGCGGGUUCCGGUCGCGCUGCGAACUCGACUGCUCCAACCGAUGCCGCAAGGACAAAUACGUGUUUGUGGCGAAUGGACGCUGCGGCAAGUACCUGGCGACGAGCACACCACCGACCGACGGUGGCGGCUCCAAGCGGCCCGCCCGUGGACCAGUGGAGGGGAGCGUGUUCGGCCCGCUGCUGCAGCUGCUGAUGCAGGCGGCGCCCAGCUCGUAACAGAAGCCGGCGGCCCGCCAGCAGAUACCGACCGUACCUGUCCGUCGAGGAGACCACCUUCGCCUCUCAUUCCCUACAUAUAGCCGCACUGUUUUCCUUUACUUUGGCGUGUCUUUGAUGUAUAACCUCAACAGCAAAGUUUUUACACCAUUUUGUUUUCCCUCCACAAGAGAAGAUUUUCAGCUCAACAGCUAUGUUUCUUUAACAUCACCUUGAUCAAACCACCACCGUAGUAACUCAAAUAUCCCAGUUGAAGAAUGCCUGAAAGAUGGGCUCCUCUUAAUCAUUUGGGCAUAGUGGGUUGUAUAUGAACAACAAGACAUAGAGCAAUGGCACAGUUACUACCGCAGAGUUCCAUUCAGACCAUCCGAUGUAUAAUAUAGUGGUGUACUGUAGUCAUAAUUCUCUGUCUUCUUCAGUGUAAAUAGGCUGUUUGGCCGCCAUACAAUUAAUCUGUGCCAAUUACUAUGACUUGUCUAUGGACACGCAAAUAAACUGCUCCUUCAAGCUUUGUUUCUCUUUCCGGUAUAUGAUUGUAUUGUGCCAACUAGGGAAUUAAGAUCUUUACUUCCAACUACAUUAGUAGUUCCUGUAAUCGAAGGUUAUAUACAGCACCCUGCAUGGGACGCUUGCAUUUAAAAAAACAAGUAAACUGUAUCACCAAAUGCAUAUCAUCUGAAUCUCUGUGAUAAAUUUUUUAUUGUAUACUAGUCAUAAAACUAAAUAAAUGGAGACGCCCCACGUCUA